AUGUAUCCAAUUAGCAAGAAUUUCGAAGGGUAUGGUACUUGGUACCAGAUGGUUUUGCGUAUUUACGGCGAAAAGGAUAUAAGGUCGGGUAUCCACAUCCUGAAGGCUUUGGCACGCCGGAUCAAUCCGGCAAGGGGGCUGCGUUUGGCGUCUCGCCUCAUGAAUCUUUUUGGCCCACUUCCCCCAGAAGUUUUGGAGGCCGUGACCUUCUUUUGCCUUCAAGGCAUAGAGCUUGUCUCGGAGCCUUGGGAGUUCGAUGCCGUGAUUGCUCCUAAUAGUGAAGAUUUGGAGAUUUUGGGAGUUGCCUUAAUGGAGGCGGUGUUCAACGGCUUGGUCACUAUGUCCUAG